GUGCGCGUGCGCGAGAAUCAGCGCAUCUCUCUGUGCAGUCGCGCCUGGAGCGCAGCGGAGCGGUUCAGCCAGCGGUUGGAUGGCGCGGUGCGGAGCUGGGCGGGCAGCCGCCCUGGGCCUGGUGCUGCGGCUGCUCUUGGGUCUUAGAACAGGUCCCGAGGCCGCUCCGGCUCCAACCCCGGCUCCGGCCCAUACCCUAGUCCAAGUCUCGGGCCCUAGAGCUGGCUCCUGCCCAACAGACACCUUCAAGUGUCUUACCAGUGGCUACUGUGUGCCCCUCUCCUGGCGCUGCGAUGGGGACCGGGAUUGCUCUGAUGGCAGUGACGAGGAAGAGUGUAGAAUUGAGCCAUGUGCUCAGAAUAGGCAGUGCCAGCCACAGCCUGCCCUUCCUUGCUCCUGUGACAACAUCAGUGGUUGCUCUUCGGGCUCAGACAAGAACCUCAACUGCAGCCGCUCACCCUGUCAGGAGGGCGAGCUUCGUUGCACACUGGAUGGUGUCUGUAUCCCACACACGUGGCGCUGUGACGGCCACCCAGACUGUCCUGACUCCAGUGAUGAGCUCAGCUGUGACACCGACACAGAAACUGACAAGAUAUUCCAGGAGGAGAAUGCCACAACCUCAAUGUCUUCUAUGAUUGUGGAGAAAGAGACCUCCUUCAGAAAUGUCACAGUUGCUUCUGCUGGGCACCCAUCCCGAAACCCAAAUGCCUAUGGGGUUAUCGCAGCUGCUGGGGUGUUGAGUGCCAUCCUGGUUUCAGCUACCAUUCUCAUAUUGCUACGACUCAGAGGUCAGGGUUAUCUACCCCCAACAGGGCUGUUGGUGGCCGUGAAGGAGUCGCUGCUGCUGUCAGAAAGGAAAACCUCUUUGAUCUGAGGACACAUGGUUACCACCUGGCCCUGAGUACAGUCAGACUGGAACAAAGCUGCAGUGGAACAUGCAGGUAGCAACUGGCUUCUCAGCUCCGAGACCUGGGCUCUUUUGGCCACAGAGAACUUUGAUUUUUAAACUUCUUCAGAUGUGGUCCUGGAGACUGGGGGUCGUCAGACACUCCCUUUGUAUGUGGUGAGCUUGGCUGGAAAAUCGCCAUAGCCAGGACUGAGGGGCCAGUCCCAGGAUGCUCCCAAGAAAUGGGGCCACCCUGGUCUAAACACUCCUUCUGCUCACAUUGACGGGCAGGUAUUAAAGUUUCUUCACCCCCUC